GAAGUCAAAACUGGCGCGCAGCUGCUCCCGAAGACGAACGGGCCAACCAACCACCGCGUUCCGGACACAUCCGGACACGCGACUCCUCCUCCGCCCUUUUCAAUUCCACAUGCAUAGCGCCUCGCGCGCAUGGGCGGUGAUGCUCCUGGGGUCCUGGUCAUCGAUGCGUUCGUCGGCACAGGUAACCGAGCUCCUCCUAUAAAAGCCACAUUCUCCUGGCAUCCCACGCCUCCCUUGCCUCGACCGCAAGAAAGCAUCGCACGGUCUCUUGCAUCCUUUCCUCGAGGGGAUCGUCGUCCUUGUUGCGUAUUGUUGGUGUUUCCGGUUCAGCGGAUCGGGACCAUGCAGCGCAGCAACUCGUUCGGCACGUCGUGGGCGGACCAGUGGGACUACGGCGGCGACCCGAGCCCCCGCGCGCGCGGCCGGCAGGACGGCGGCGCCGGCGGCAAGAAGCAGCAGGGCGGGGUGGAGAAGACCAAGGCGGCCGCGGCCACGGGGCUCAGGAAGGUCAAGGAGGGCACGGCCACCGGGUUCCAGUGGAUCAAGGACAAGUGCCAGAAGAAGGGCGGCAAGAAGCAGCAGGGCGCCCAUGACGGCUCCGGGAUCGCCGGCUACUAGUUAGCUAGGCUCAGCUUCCACGUACGGAAGCUAGCCUACUUUGGCUGUAAAUUGUAUUUUCAGAUUUCUCUUCGUUUGUUCGUCCGGUCCAUGUGUGUAUACUGUUGGAUGUAGUGUCGCCUCCUUCGUGUAGGUUAAUGUUUGGAUUUCUGCUAUUGAUGAUGGGUUAUUGUUUCCAAAUCUCGUGCUUUUGCUUUGCCGCACAAGUUUCUUUGACACCCAGCAGGUGACCAAGGAUUCAGUUGUCGCGAACUGGCAGGCAUCAGUACAAAUUGCGCAGCAAUGAAAUACAUAAGA